GGAUUUGGAAUUACUGGAGAGAAAGGAGAAAAGGGAAUCCCUGGUUUGCCAGGACCUAGGGGUCCCAUGGGUUUAGAAGGAGUCCCAGGUCCUCCAGGGAGUCAGGGCAAGAAGGGGGCCUCAGGUUUCCCAGGGCUUAAUGGAUUCCCAGGAAUUAAGGGUGAAAAGGGUGGCAUUGGUCUGCCAGGCCCCGAUGUUUUCAUUGAUAGAGACGGUGCUGUGAUCUCAGUGCCAGGUUAUCCUGGAGACCCCGGCAUGCCAGGCCUCCCAGGCCUUAAAGGGGAUGAAGGCAUCCAGGGCCCGCCUGGCCCUUCUGGCAUCCCUGGCUUACCAGCUUUACCAGGUGUCCCAGGUGCCCUAGGGCCCCAGGGAGUUCCAGGCAUGAAGGGGGAUCAAGGAAACCCAGGCCGCACCACAAUUGGGGCAGUUGGCCUCCCUGGCAGAGAUGGUUUGCCAGGCCUACCAGGCCUACCAGGCCCACCCGGUCCAGCAUUUGAGACUGGAACCCUACAGAACACAGAGCCAGGGUUCCCUGGUCUCCGAGGAGAACGAGGUCCAAAAGGAAACCCAGGCCUCAAAGGAGUAAAAGGAGACUCAGGUUUUUGUGCUUGUGAUGGUGGUGUUCCCAACACUGGACCACCUGGGGAGCCAGGCCUGCCUGGGCCACCAGGUCUCAUGGGCCUCCCAGGCCUUAAAGGAAUCAGAGGAGAUCCAGGCUCUGGGGGAGCACGGGGCCUAUCAGGGGCUCGAGGUUUAUUUGGGACUCAAGGUCCUGCAGGCCCCAAAGGAGAGAAGGGAGAACCAACUGUCAGUACAGGAUUGGGGAUGCCAGGAGACCAGGGUGAUCCUGGGCCCCAGGGGCUCCCUGGUGAGACAGGAGCCCCAGGCAAGGACGGAAUACCAGGUUUACCAGGUCUGCCAGGCCUUCUGGGUGAUGAUGGACAGGGCUUCCCAGGUGAAAAGGGGUUACCAGGACUUCCUGGUGACAAAGGCCAUAGUGGUCCAACCGGACCCCCAGGAAUUGGGCUACCAGGAUCCCCUGGACCUCACGGGCUUCCUGGAGAUCAAGGACUAGAUGGAUUGCCAGGACAACAAGGCCUCCCCGGGCUUCCAGGUGACUGCUGCUGCAAGGAGAAGGUUGGUAAAGGAGACUUAGACACAAAGGGAGGUAUUACCUUGCCUUGUAUUAUUCCUGGGCCAUAUGGUCCAUCAGGAUUCCCAGGAACUCCCGGAUUCCCAGGCCCUAAAGGGGCCCGUGGCCUCCCUGGGACUCCAGGCCAGCCUGGAUUACAUGGAAAUAAAGGAGAGCCCGGAAGUCCAGGAUUGGUUCACCUCCCUGAAUUGCCAGGAUUUCCUGGACCUCGUGGGGAGAAGGGCUUGCCUGGGUUUCCUGGGCUCCCUGGAAAAGAUGGCUUGCCUGGGAAAGUUGGCAGUCCAGGUUUACCAGGUUCCAAGGGAGCCCCUGGUGACAUCUUUGGUGCUGAGGAUGGUGCUCCGGGGGAGCAAGGCCUACAGGGAUUACCAGGGGACAGAGGAUUUCCUGGAGACUCUGGCUUUCCAGGACCCAAGGGUUUGCUUGGGAAGUCAGGCUUGCUAGGCCCCAAAGGUGAACGGGGCAGGCCUGGAAUACCAGGCCUCAUGGGACAACCAGGCCUUCCCGGGGCUGGUGGUCUAUUUGGCAUCAAGGGCAAACCCGGACUCCCAGGAGCACCAGGCUUUCCAGGCACUUCGG